AUGAUUUUAAAGUGCUGGGGAGAUGUUGGUGCCGUUACACUCUAUUAUAAUGGCGAUACAACCACCGAAGAAGGGUCGUUCAGGGACGUGUCAUUUGAUUUUGGAACACUGCAUUACUGUCGGAAUUUCGAGACCAUAGACAAAUGGACCAAGGAUAACGGCUUAAAGGGCGUGGUCAUGGAUAAUCUGUGGUGGGGAGGAAACAAUAUCGCCUAG